AACAAUACUCGCUGCUAUGGCCAAAGCCUAUGCCUGCGGUCCCUACACUCGGCGUCCGCCCAGCGGAUCGCCAGCGCAAGCCAACACUGCGAACCAUUUAGCGCCUACAAGACCUCAAACACCUCACAACGCCUAUCCGCGCUUCCAAUGCAAUCAAUAGGGACGCAUGGCAUCACGCAAGCGAGCUGCGCCGCGAAGCCCGACACGCCGGGCAAGCAGCACCCCCUGCGUGUCGCCUUCGACGUGCUGCAGCUCGAGGCAUGGUACAGGCUGGCCAGUGCGCGCGCGCCCUGCAUCACCACAAAGGCUGGGCCCGCCGUGGCCGCGGCAAUGGACACCGAUGACGAGGAGGGAGCCGCCUAAAUCUACCUAGCGACACCUGCGACGCCAUACGCACGGGACCUGGACCCCUCCGGCUGGGCUCACCCAAAGGAGGACUGCACACUCGCGUGGAUGGCGCCGGGAAGCUGGGCCAGCAAAACACCGGUACGACGCCAAGGGCCUUGGAAGCUAUGAACAGCAUAUUGCGGGAAAACACCACUACGCCCUGCUGUGAGCUAGAUAGCAACCACAGGACAAAAGGGUGUGCUCAUAGUACGGAAGGAGAUGAUAGAGCCGAUGGAUGGACAGGUUUAUGGGUCUGCAACGCCGUGAUAUAUGAAAGGCGCAGAGAUGUGACGCAACCGGAACUUAGCGUGUUGAGAAGUAGUAAGACGAACAGGACAGUCAAGCCUGCGACAUACAAUGGCCACCCUGCGAUUGAAAAUCGAGUUGGUCAGAUAGCCGUGAACGCUGGAAACUGCAAGACGAUGUUGCGCCCGAGUUCAGAGGCGACUCCAGAUGUAGAUGUUCGGAUAAGUGACACACAUGAGGAGAGAGACACCUGGACGCAAACCACACAAGAGCCAAAAAAGCGUCAAAACCACACGCCCAAUUGUAAUACGGUGCAUAU